UUUACCUUAGCUCAUAGCUCUCGGACCCUCCCGAGACAUAGCAUCUACGCAAUGAGAUGAGGAAACGACGCACGACUCCCAGAUCAAACAUCUCAAAGAACGCCAACAUCAGCAAACAAUUGGCCACUACACUGCCUGAGGGGGAAACGCAGUCCACAAGAAAGAUACAAGCUGCAAGCGUCGAGAAGCAAAAACCGGUAAUAGAGUUAUUAGGCGCCGGCAGAUCCACUCUUGUCUCCAACGACGAGGACUACUUAUCUCCUCAAGUACCACCCAAACCCAUUAUCUCUUUGGAACAUCCAUCGUCUACAACUUCGACUAUCAAGGUCGCCACUACCUUUCCGCACAUCGUGUUUGAUGAUCUCUGGAUAGAUAUUCUAUCAUUUUUUGCUCAAGUCUAUCUCGCAUUAUACGAAAUGACUCUUGGAAUUGGAAAGUGGUGGGCCGGUACUGAGAUAGAAGAUAGCCAUAGGGGCAAAGAGACAAAAGAAAAAGAGAUCAAGGCCAAGAGGCGUAGGCGAAGGGUCGAGCCGUCGAGCAAUAGUUCUGAUUCGGCAACAGGCCGAUUCUUUCCUGGCAUGGUAAAUUUAAGUGGGACGCUGUGUUAUAUGAACUCUGUUCUUCAGUCUGUCGCCUCCAUACCCUCACUCAUCAUCCAUCUCGAAAAAGUUAUCGAUUUGGCGGUAGAAGUGGACAUACCGACCCAUGUCACAGAUGCUCUUCUCGAUGUUAUCCGGGAUCUCAACACUCCCAAUAAACGCCCCCCACCUGCUCUUCGACCACAUAACCUUCUCACUGCACUAUAUCCUCUCCCUGCGAUUCGACGACUAUUGAGUACUCAUGAGCAGCAGGACGCCCAUGAACUAUUUCUGGUGCUGGCUGAGGCGGUCUCUGAUGAAGUUGUCAAGGUUGCUGCAGAGGUCGCCAAAGUGCGAGGCAUAGGAGAAAUUAUCUCAUUACAGGGAUACUUGUCCGGCAAAAAUGAUGGAAGUGACCAACCUAGGAGAGCGGGCGACAUGGAGGGAGCCAAAAGGAGGCAAAGAAUAAGAGGUGUGGCUCAACCAUGGGAGGGCUUGUUGGCGAGAAGAAGAGUGUGUCAACGUUGCGGUUGGAGUGAGGCUAUUAGGAUGGAUACUCUAGGGGGGAUUGAAUUGCCUGUCCCGUUACACGGCAAUACCACCCUUGACGCCUGUAUAAUGGAGUACCUCGCGCCCGAAAUACUUUCCGAUGUCACAUGCGAAAUGUGCUCUCUCAAGCUCACACUGGAUUACUACACUUCCGAAGUUGAGCGAUUGUCGGGCUCCUCCUGUAAAAAGACUUCUACGAAGGAAGAGAAUGAGCCCGGUAGUGACAAUCAAGUCAGUGCUAGUCGGAAAAAGAAAGCUCGCGAAGCCAGGCGCGCAGAGACCAGGCUACGAGAAAUGGUCAAUUCCAACACAGUUAGCGAUUUUGGCGAACCUAAUCUAACGCCCCUACCGUCAUCCGGCUUGACUGCGCAAAUACCGGUCAAAUGGCUUACGGCUAAAACAGCGUCCACUCGACAGUGUGUCAUAGUUCGUCCCCCCCAAUCUCUCCAACUACAUUUUAUCCGCUCGGAAUUCACCAUGUAUGGGACGGUGCAAAAGAAGACCGCAAAAGUCUCAUUUCCAUUGUUAUUAGAUCUCACAAGAUUUGUCUCUGACGGAGUGUGGGAAGAAAGAGGCGGGAUAAAAAAUAUGCUCGCAUCAGUCUCAACCGAAAAAACGAUCCCCCCAAUAACAGGACAAAGGGUAAUAUACCAACUUGAGUCAGCUAUUCUUCACUACGGAUUUACCCACUCUUCUGGUCAUUUCGUCAGUAUUCGACGGAAACCCUCCCCGUCUUUGACCAAAGAGGAAAAGUCAUUCCGACCCUUGCAAGUGGCAAAAAAUUGUCCUGAUGGGUGUAAAUGCCAGGAUUGUGUUUACUUUGGGCAGGUGAGGGAUCUCGAAAAUACGAAAGUACCAGGCAGAGGAUGGCUGCGGAUUAGCGAUGCAGAUGUAGAAGAGGUCGGCGAAGAGGCACUUCACGAAGCUGGUGGGGCCGUCGUCAUGCUUUUCUAUGAGCGUGUCAUGGAGUAUGUAGCAAAAAAAGUCGUGCAUGAUGAGCGACUUCAGGGAGACGGUGACAGCCAAGAUGCUGGAGGUUUAGAAGAUAACAUUUAACACCCUUUAAUGUAACAUACAUCUGACUGUAAUAUAGACUUCAGCCAAGCAAUUGCGACCUGACAGCAGACCAUUCGGGAGGCUAUGCGGGGUAUGAAUAUUAACUCCAGUUCUAGGGACUCAAGGGAUACCCUGUGGGUAAAAUACUCACAUCUGAUCGUGUUUCAAAAUGCAGCCAAUCGCCUGAGCCCGUCGGCAGGAUGCCCAUGGACGAGCACU